GGGAGUUGACAACCCUAGUCUGGAGUCGCGUCAGAUUGACGGACGUGUGCGGAGUUUUACUUUGAAAGGACAGGCGGACUUUAUUCCAGACAGGAAAACUUUGCAGCGCGCUCCCCGCGCGGGCAUGUGAUGGAGCUGUGACUUCUCCGCACGCCAGCUGUGACGCGGGUGUCCUGGACAUGUCGGGCGGCUCCGAUCACAGGUACCGGAGGGAAGAGGGGCCCCCCGGGGCCCCCGGGGCCCAGCCGAACCGGCACCGGCAGGGCAGCGCAGGUCUGCCGCUGGUUCUGGAGCUGGUCAGAGGUCCAGGUGGACUUCCUGCAGACGAGCAGUCGCAGGAGAAGCUGAAGGAGAAACUGCACCUCCUGCAGGCUGAAAGCAGCGACGUCGACGACGUUCUCACGGAACUGUCAACUCAUAUAGUCUCCAUCAGCAGUAGAGAAAAAACCAUCUUUGUGACUUUCAAAAGUUUCCAGGAAAUAUGGAAAUUCACCACGUAUUACACGACAGGGUUUUUGGCUCAUUGUUUGGAGAACCUGUUGCUGGACCAGAGAGUUUGGCUCACGUCUCUGGAGGAGGACAUCUCCAUUCGAGUUCGGAUUCACGAGGAAACUCUGAACCUGGUCUACAGAAGCCUCCUCAUGCAGGAAGGCUCAUUGUUUGCAAGUUGCAGCUCCAGCCAGAUGUUCGACGGCUCCACAUCUGCAGGAGACCUGUACCUGGAGCAGGGGGAUGUGGCCCAGUUCGAGCCGCCCUACCUGGGCUCAGGCUGGACGGUCCUGUCCCUGGCUGAUGGGGCCCGGGGAACGGCACCCAGGCCUGCUCUGGAACCAGUGGUCCCCUUCCAUCAGUGGUUUCUGAAGUCCUGCUCGGAGAGCAUUUUAGUGGGGGAUGGAAAACCCGCCUGUGACUUCCCUCUGCAUUUCGCCGCAGGAGUGUGUGUGGCCACAGUGGAGUACGAUGCUGAAGGUCCAGAUGAGCUGAGUGUGGCACCUGGUGAUCGCAUCGUCGUGGUGGGACUUCUGGUUCCUUGUUUUGAUUGGUUCACUGGGAGGAAGGAAGCGACGGGAGGAGUCGGUCUUGUAAAGACCAGCUCAGUAGAACCAUCCAGAGAAAUGUUUGACGCCACAGAUAUUUUUUUGGAAGGAGAGGAAUGGAUGUUCUCCAGUCAGCAGGAGGACAAAGUCAUAGAAGAAGCAAUAGAUAAAUUGAAGCAACAAUCACAAAAUGACAGCGGUCAUAACUACAAACUGGACAUCGCCACAGACCAAAACUCUGAAAAUGAAACUUCCACUUCUUCUACCAGAGCCGAACCUCACCAGACUGAACUGAUGGAAAAUGUCCAGGAGAUUCUUGCUCAAGUAAAACCUUCCUCAUCGUACAGCGCUGUGAGCAGGAAUGGGACUCCAGGGGGAUCAGAAGACGUAAGCCUCCCCUGUUUCACCGUUCACCCCGUUGUGGAGGGAACCACCGACGCCGAGAGCUUCGUCCCUCUCUUCGGUUUCUUGGAUGGAGGCCGGUACAAGGUGGAGUUCGGGCUUCUCUACGCGCUGGGCUCUGAAGGGCUCGCCUCCUCCGUGUUCGCAGGCCACGCUGACGAGGACGAGCUGAUUGCUUUUCUUGGUGUUGCCAGGGAAACGGCCAGGAAGAGACGCUUGCUUUGGCUGCAGACUCGUUUGUGCUUCCUGCUGGGCAGGCUCUGCGCCGGGAAGUCCAAGUUCAGCCAGGCCCGGGUCUACUUUGAGGAGUCCCUCAGUGUUCCCCGGGAAGGCUUCGCCGACCUCAGACUGUUGGCCAGCAUCUACUCCAACCUGUCCACCAUCUAUCUUUUGCAGAAGAACAAAGAAGGUUUCUUUGGAGUGGCAGAGCGACUUGGGGCCUUGCUGCUUGGAAUCCCUGACACCAUGAAAAGCUUAGAGGAUGACUCUGUUCUCAGAUACAUCCUCAAGAAAGCCAUUUUAUCUCACAACCCAAGGGCGGAGGCCAGGGCUUGCUAUCUGCUGGCAAAGCACCACUGGAGCCGCUCUGAGGACCGCCUGGUCGUCCCUUAUCUGGAAAGGCUCCUUGUUGUUUGGGACGAGGCUCAGGGACUGUGGAGCAUCUCUCCCAGCCACGGAUACCUGACCCUGGGAGAGCUGUACAGGAAACUCCAGCUUCCUCAGCUCAGUGUCAGUUCGGCCAAGAGAGCGUCUCUGCAGCCGUCCGCCACUCUGACGGACAGCCUGCGCAGUAUGAUGCUCGUUUUGAGCGAUGCCACGAGACCUGAUGGCAUCGCAGGACAGGAGCCCCCCAUUCUUGCUCAGGUGGCUCCGUAUUUGUACCGAGCUAAAAGACAGGCGUUUAGCGAGGUGCAGGAAGGGGGAGGCGCCCUUUACCACGCUCUGAGCCAUCAUCUCACCCUGUGUCUCUGUCAGCUCUUCUACAAGCACAGGAUGGUUAGACAGGCCAUCCGCCACAUGCACGCUCUCAUCGACAGCACUCCACCUCCAGAGCAGCCGUCCACCUCGGUUCUGGAGAGAAACAGCGCAAUCAUCUGGCUGGCGUGGCUCCACAUUGACAACAACGAGCCCCGUGUUGCUGUGGAGCUUCUGGACUCGGUCCUGGCGCCUGCAGACGGCACCUCUACUCAGGAGGGGGUGGUGCUCAACAUGCGUGGCGUGGCGCUGCGGUGCGUGGGCGACCACCGGGGGGCAGCCAAGAGCUACCAGGCUGCUGCUCACAUCUGCCAGGAGUGCGAGGACAUGCCAAACUGGGCCGUGGCUCAGGCAAACCUUGGCUUGCUGUGUCUGAAGGCGGGAGCCAAGACGUUAGCGCAGAGGUACCUAACGGAGGCCGUGCAGCUCUUCUCUAAACUCGGGGAAGAAAGCCACGGGGAAAACUUCAUCACAGUGCUGCUGGAGCUGGGACAGCUCUACAUGAGGCAGCAGCAGCUGGACUACGGGAAAGGAUGCUUGGAGUGGGCUCUGCUGCUGGCUAUCCGAGCCAAGCUGCCGGACCGCCAGCUCGGCGCCAUCGGGCACCUGUGCCAUCUGUACGAGCGUGAGAGUCCAGACCAGGCCCAGUGCAUCGUCUACCGGCGGCACCAGAUCCAGCUGUUGAGGUGUGCAGGACGCCGAGGACAAGAGGGGUCUGCCCUGGAGGCCAUCAGUCAACUCUACCUCAGUCUGUGCACGGAGAGGGCGUACCGGGCGGCUCUGGACUACACCAAGACCAGUCUGGCCAUCUUCAUCGACCUGGGCUGCAGGGAGAAAGAGGCGUACGGCUGGCUGACGGCCGGGAAGAUCUACCAGCUGCUGGGCCAAACCGAGCUGGUGGACAUCUACCUCCAGGCGGCUCAGGACGUGGCUCUCAGCACUGGAGACACCAGCUUCAUUCUGAAGCUUCUGGAAGCUGCCGGAGAUAUUUUCUUGAACAGUUUGGAGGACCAAGACAAGGCCAUCACCUUCUACAGGGACCGAGCGCUGCCCAUCGCCACGAAGAGCGGCGGCGCUCGCACCAGGCUGAGGUUGUGCAACAAGCUGAGCGAAGUCAUGCUGCGUCUCAGGAUGUACGCUGAAGCGGUGGAGUUUGCUCAGAUCGCCGUGGACAUCAGUGUCAGUCUGGGUGAGCGUCUGAACGAGCGCGUGGCCUGCCACCGCCUGGCUGCUCUGUUCGUCCACCUCCACCAGCACGAGCUGGCUGAGCACUACUACCUGAAGACGCUGAGCCUCUGUCCCAGCCCUCUGGAGUUCGACGAGGAGACACUGUACUACGUCCGAGUUUACCAGACGCUGGGGGACAUCUUGUUCCACGACCUGAAGGACCCGUUCGAUGCAGCCGGCUACUACCACCUGGCUCUGGCGGCAGCCAUGGACCUGGGCAACAAACGAUCCCAGCUGCACCUGUGCACCCGCCUCGCCACCAUCUACCACAACUUCCUCAGGGACCGUGAGCGCUCCCUGUUCUUCUACCAGAAGGCCCGGGCGUUCGCCGCAGAGCUCAACAUCAAAAGGAUCAAUAUCUCGCCCGAUCAGCAGCUAGUCGGCAGCCAGCCACAUCCGGAGAGGAGUGGACAGUAGGACAGAGGCCGUAGUUGGACGAUGGGAGGGUGCACGAACCUUCUUUUCCAAAUGCUGAUUGGACUACAAUAUAAAUUCACAAGUUUCAGAAUGUAAGACUUAAUCAGUGAUCAAUAGAAUCUUGAUGACUCUGAGUUUACAGGACCUCAGCAUGACCCCAGAGGGAGCUGGGCUUAAGAAGAACAUCAGCCCUACUUCUGAACAGCUGUUUUAAUGUGUUCCUGCAGUCCUGCGUGGAAGCUCAAGUCCAGAUCUGAUGGACUCUCAGAACCGGUGCUGCAGUUUUUACGUCUGGUUUUGAUUAAACAGCUUUUGACUGAAAUUAAA